CUACUUUGAAAAUCUACGCGUACUGAUAUACAACAUGAUCAUGACGUCAUUUCAAAUAAUCAGCCAUUUUGGAAAUUUUGCAGGAAAAGAAAAACAAAAGAAAGAAACUUACGAAUUUGACUUCAUAAACGAAUUAGAUCUGUUUUGUUAUUCCAACGUAUUACACAUAAGUUAUUGAAGACAUCAAAAAGCUAUUUAAAUUCACGAUGCGGUUGAAGUUCGAGAAGGAUGACCCCAAACAGUACAGAUGCUGUUGUUGUUGUCAUGUUCGGACUGGGACAAUUUUGUUGGGAAUCCUUAUCUUGUUUGGGCACAUCCUAGUUAUGGCUUCUCUAGCAUUGCUUCUCAUCCACCCUGAUGUCCUUGAGAAAUACAACGAGCAGACCCUUUGGCAGACCAAUGUAGUUGACCAACAAUUCCCUAAGUUACAGUUAGGAGACAUGCCACCAAGACUGGAUGAUAGCUCAGCUAGCAACUCCAUUGGGGAUUCUGAAGAAAUGUUAGACAUUGGUAAAGACAAAAUAGUUCUUGGCAAGAAAGAUGAUGGAUAUCUAUUCAAUGAUAAUUGGUCAUCUGUUUUCUCUCCAAGGAAGAAGGUGACACAAGAGGAUGUGUUUGUUGCUUUCUUGAUCACAUUCAUCUCAUUGGCGUUUGCUGCAAUGUUAGUCUAUGGAGCUGCUAAGGGAAGACCCAGUUAUCUGAUGCCAUUCUUCUGUGUACAAGUGUUCGCAUUCUGUCUGACUGUGCUCAGUGUAGUGGGUUACUUCACAUAUAUGCCAGAUGUGAAACAGUACAUUAGCAUGCAGGAGUUGCCAUUCAAGGAUGAGUUGCUGAAGAUGGACAAUGAAUGGCUGUGUCUGAUUGUUGCGGUCUUCUUCUGUUUCACACUCUUCAUCAAGGCCUAUCUGAUCGGCAUGGUCUGGGCCUGCUAUAAAUUCCUCACCAGGAAACAAGUCACAGAGGCAGUCAAUCACUACUUUGAUGGAAAUGAAGAAGGUGGCGAGAUGUUGCUGCCACCAAAAUAUGAGGACAUUGUGGACCAGCCUGCCAACCCCCCUCCCCCAGCUUACACUAACAGCUAAACAAAACAGAACCAUUCUCUUCUUUCUACAGUUGUUACACUACAAUAGACUUUCUUCAAACAUUUCUUGGAGAUAAAACUUCAGUUAAAAUUUGACAUUUGACUUUUUUAUUAAAUUUAACAACCAUUAGGAAGUAUGAUAUUCAAGACGUUGAGCAUCAAAAUCGUCUUAUUUCUUAUAAUACGUAAUUAAAAUUCAAAAAUCUUUGGGUGUGAAUGUGGAUUAGGAGUGUAUGUUAAUAUUUGGGGUGAUGAAGGAACAAAAUAAACUAAGUUGUCAAAUUGAUUAUAUGUAUAUAAGGAGCCUGGUUCAUGGAUGCUAAAUUAUACACAGGAAAAAUCAAAGGCAAAAAAUAAAGAGACACUGUCUG